CGCUCUUUGCAGCAACCAAGAUAACCAGCUUACUCGUUGACUACAUGUUGCUCAUUUGAACGCUGCCAUGACUACCAUCGACAAAGUGUAUGAGGAAGCUGUAGCAGCUGGGUUGCUUCCCGGCGCAUCUCUCAUCGCGGGGAGUAUCAAUGGCGAAACCACGUUCUGUCAGUCAUUUGGUAGGGCGAGCCUGAAAGAAGGCGUCAAUCGCCCAUUCACUGAUUCCACAGUGUGCGCCGUCGCAUCCAUGACCAAACUAAUGACCUCGGUAGCCGUAUUGCAAUGUGUCGAAGAUGGCCUCUUGGAUUUGGGUAAAGACGCUAGAUCGCUACUUCCUCAAAUAGGAACGCACGGUAUUAUCACUGGUUUCGAUGAUGAGGGAAACACCGCCAUCCUGAAGCCUGAUUCCACACCCAUUACGCUAAGAAUGCUGCUCUCUCAUACAUCCGGCCAUGAGUAUGACUGGCUCAGUCCUCUUCUUGGAAAGUGGCGAGCAUCACGCAACGAAGGACCUUGGACUGGCCCUACUGUCGAGCAUAAGUCCGCCCUCCCUUUACUAUUCACACCGGGCACGAGCUUUGCGUACGGGGCAGGCCAUGACUGGGCAGGCAAAGCUGUCGAAGUCGCCACGGGUACCACACUAGAAGACUUCAUGCGUGCACGCAUAUGGGAGCCCUUGGGUAUCGCAGAGGACGCUAGUUUCUACCCCAAGACGAAGGAAGGCAUGAAGGCCAGAAUGGCAGACCUCAGCACACUGAACGACAAGGGCGAACCCCCGGCCGUAGAUGCUCCUGAUUUCGACAUCCUGUUUGGUGGUACGGACUGUCUCGGCGGGGCUGGCGUUUUCAUUACCCCUAAAGCAUACAGCAUCUUCGUCUCUGCAGUCUCCCGCAGAGAUGCGAAACUUCUGAAGCCAGCGUCCUUCGACGAGCUAUUCCGCCCGCAACUCGAUGAAACACAAGAACAGGCUCUGAAUGAUUAUGUUGAUCAGUCUCCAAUUCACUCGCGGUUGCUAGCAAUGCGGAUACCGCAAUCUAUAAGGAAAUCUUGGAGCUUUGCAGGACUGAUCGCGAAAGAAGGCCAGGAAGGACGCUUUGGCCCCGGAACGGUGUUUUGGGGCGGCGUUCCGAGUACCCAAUGGUUCAUCGACCGCAGCACUGGCAUUUAUGGCGCUGCAUUCUGCCAAACUCUACCCCCCAUGCAUCCCAAAAUCUUGGAGUUGCACGAAAAGUUCCAGAGGGACAUGUACAAGCUUGCUAUCACCAAUUCGGAACAAUCCUAAGGUCAUAUACAUUUAGAUGCCUCAUUCUAUCAGAUACUUGGGCUCUGUUAUUAUGGUGGAUACAAUACGCACGCGGAACUGGCGGUUGCUUAAUUGUAUUUUGUGCUACAUGACUACUAUAUACUUAACAAUUCGUCCCCCUCGGUUAGCUCAAUUUUACACGCGUACAAGCUGUGCUAGCUAAAUAUGCAUUGCAGGCUGUUCAUGAUCAUUCAAAGACAUGCAGGCAAUAUUGGGAAGUGAGGUUAUACAGACUUCGCUUCUUGAAACAGAUCC